CCCAUACAUCAAUUUCUUUCCUACUUCUACUUGCUCAACUGAAACCAUCGACCAUUCCUCAGUAUAUAUAUAUAUAUAUAUAUAUCCCAUUUUUGAAGAAAAUAAGGAACAUUAAUCAACCCUUGCCUGAACGAUUUUCUGCAUGCAGAGAGACAAAGAAGAACAUCAUCUUUAGCACCCAUUCAGAGAUUCGAUUUGAUCAUUCUUUGCCCUGGGCUUCAAAAUGUAGAUAAGCUGAUUGUGAAGGGAUAACGACGACGACUUAGAGUAGAAAAGAUAAAGGAUUUCGAAAUCAAGAAGAUCAGAUCAGAUCAGGAGGAAAAAGAUGUUGACGUGCAUUACGUGCUCAAAGCAAAAAACAGAGGACGAUGAAGACGAUGGUGCCUCGCGUGGGACUCCCAGUACUAAAGAUGCAGUCAAAAGUCUGACUACACAGAUAAAGGAUAUGGCGUUGAAAGUCUCGGGAGGUCAUAAAGACAAGCCUGGACAGGCAGAAGGAGGCUUCAAGAAAGGUCCAAAAUCAUUUCCGGAGUUCGACACAAUUUCAGAAGGGAUUCCAUAUUUGCAGCCUGGAAGCUCGAGUUCUACGCCGGCUUGGGAUUAUACAAGAACCAGGAAUCCAACUACUCGAACCCCUGGCGAAGUGACGCUUGAGGAAGAUGAAUCCAAAGAGUGGACAGCACAAGUCGAGCCGGGAGUUCAAAUUACUUUUGUGUCCCUCCCUCGGGGAGGAAAUGAUCUUAAGAGAAUUCGUUUCAGCCGCGAGAUGUUCAACAAAUGGGAAGCUCAGAGAUGGUGGGGUGAGAAUUAUGACCGGAUCAUGGAGCUCUAUAAUGUGCAGAAAUUCAGCCAGCAAGCUCUCAACACGCCGGGGAGAUCCGAGGAUGGAAGAGACUCAACUUACUCGAGGCUCGGUUCUGUCAUGGAAAGCCCUCGGAUAACACCGUCGCUCAACCGGGAAUGGACUCCGAGAUACAAUUCCGGAGAAAAUGUACAAAGCGGGAGCCAGCAGCAUUACGGGGCGGGGGGGUCGAGCGGGGGGAGGGGGGAGAUGUCGUCGAUGGAAGCAUCUCGGACGACGACAGAUUCGAGAGACGAGGCGUCAGUUUCUAUUAGCAAUGCGAGUGAUGUUGAGUCAGAGUGGAUCGAAGAAGAUGAGCCGGGCGUUUAUAUUACCAUUCGACAACUCGCCGACGGGACUCGAGAGCUUCGCCGAGUGAGAUUCAGUCGGGAAAGAUUUGGAGAGAUGCAUGCAAAGCUGUGGUGGGAAACUAACAGAGACAGAAUACAAUCCCAAUACCUUAGCUAGCUAUAGUUAGUUUAAUCAAUCGACUUCAAAUUUCAUUUCAUUUUUAUGAUCAUCCAUGAAUUGCUUAUUUCUUUCCAAGGUGGUGAGAUGUAUUCACAAUUUAUUUAUUUUAUUUAAAAUAUUAUUAUAUCAAAUAUUUGUGAGUUCAAUGAGAAAUGACCGAGUAUGAGCAUGAAAAAGUAUACAGCCAACUUUCUUGAUUACAGUAUAAUUUUGCAUACGAAUCAUCAAACAUAUACAAAUAAGGUUCAUUACUAUCUGAGAUUUCGACACAUGCAAGCAUUCACAAGUACAACAUAAUAGACCAAAAAUCCCACAAGUCUAUAUCAUAUACUAUUAAACAGCAUAGAGCAUAGACACGCAC